AUGCCACCGCCAUCUAAUAGCCCUGCUUUAAACCUGAUAGUUCUUCCGGAGCCAUUCUUUGUUGUAAAACUCCAGCCCGGAGAAGAGAUCCCGCCGUGCAUAUUCAGGGAUCUCACACAUGGCAGAGGCGGGUUCUUUUCAGUGACUCGGACAACGGAGGAGGUGUCGUUGGUUGGAGAGGCCUACAAGUCAAUGCCAGCGAGCUAUAAAGAGCAGUCAACAUGGAUGUGCAUCAAAGUACAGGGGCCGAUGGAACACAACCUGACAGGAAUUCUAGCGUCUUUAACAGCACCACUGAAGGUGUCAAAGGUGCCCAUAUUUGCAUUGUCAACAUGGAACACGGACUACCUCCUAGUACCGAAAGAAAUGCUAUCAGACGCAGUCAGAACACUUGAGAGGGAUGGUUGGGUAUUUGCUCAAGGUAUUAAGGGUGUCCGAGUCGCGAGGUUGUGA